AUGGCAGACGGCACCGCGCAACCCUCGGCUGCGCUGAAGUCAUUAGAGAGGGAAUACAAGGCUAAGGUCACCGAGACCGAAGCUAUCUUCCAUAAACUACUCCAGCUGCUUAGCGCAAAAGAAGCCGAGUGUGAAAACCUCAAGUAUGAUCUCCUAGAUCAGACUGAAUCCCGAAGACACUGGCACAAGCGAGCGACUGAAGCCGAGUCUCGAUUGUCAAGUGUUCAACAUGUCAUGGUCCUCGUCGACGGGAAUCACCACUUUUUCAAACCCAACCUUGUAAGAGCAGGAAUAGAAGGGGCGAAACUCGCCAUAGACACUCUCGUGACUGAAGCCAAAGCUCUCGCCCGCGAACAGCACAAGAAUGAUCUGCCCGACCACCUUUCGGUAAUAGUGCACAUUUUCAUCGAUGUUGGAAAGCUGGCCGACGACCUCUCAACCACGGGUUUGCUUCCUGAGCCUGAUCAACUGUGGACUUUCAUCCAAGAGGCAGGUAAACUGGAACCGGGUAUCACCAUCUCCGACUGUGGUUCUGGUCACCAUGCCGUCGAAGCAAAGAUAAGGCACUUCUACGAAUUAUAUCUCGAAAACUGCCACUGCAGACAUCUUUUCCUAGCUCUGCAAGGUCAGUCGGAAUACUACGAGGUCCUUGAGACUUACGCCGACGAUGGCUAUACGAAAUCAAAGACCUCUCUCGUUCGCCCAAGCGGAGGGCUUCACAAUGGUUACAAUCUCCCAUUCCAUACAGUUGACUUCUCUGUUGUUGAAAGCGUGCCUCAGCAGGCCACUUCUUUCGCCGCCAUCAGUCCGCAGAUCAACGGCACAGCCGGCCCACCGUUGCCGGCUCAGCAUUAUGAAAAUACCAGCGUGCAGACCCUGUCAAAGUCCCCUUCCAAUCCAAACCCCUCGGAACAACCCGUUCCCCCCUCGCUUCCUCUCGGCCUUCACUCCAGCCCUCCAAAGCCUACCAAUCAGACCGUUGAGAACAUGCAGAAGCCCCCUACCAGAGUCUCGAAAAUGCCUGCAAAAUCCCACCUUGAGCGGAAUGGCGAUAAAUUGGAAGGCUCGAGCUCCGUGGGGGUCGUCAAGCUUGACACCUCUUCACAUUCUUCUCAUCAAUCGAAAGCUGCAGAGCAGCAGUGGGAGAAUGCGCCAACUAACAGUUACGCACCACCGGCCAUCGCAGUUCCAUGGGGUGAAGAGAAGAUAUUACCCGGACAGUGUGCGGACGACGAGCCUGCAUUGUUGAGGAGAGCAAACAACAGUUACAAUCGGAGACAGAAGCAAGGAGGGCGGAGACAAGAUCGUCCUUUCAAUGGCCCGCCACCGAGACAGAGUCCUCGACAGUUUGAAGGGUCGUGGGAUGAUAUGGUUCAAAAUGAAGUGUCCAGAGCGCCAACCCAAGCAUCGUCUCCAUCACCGCGUCCAACAAGCGCGUCUACUUUGUCGGCUGCAAUCAAAUCAAACGACUUUUCAUCAGCUUUAACACGUCAGACUUUGACGAAACCCGAACCAAGCCCUCUGGCACGCCCUGUUUGCUCUCCCAUUGCUUUGAACCAGUCGGGGCAACGCAUUGAUCUAAAACUCCCGCGUGAGACACCCUCUGAGCACGACGCCUUCAGGUUGCGUGUAGGCAACCGACAGUUGUGCAAUGAGCACCACAUGCGAAACAAUUGUAGCGAUCCACGAUGUAUAUUCGAUCACGAGGAGAUCUCGGACGGGAUUUAUCUUGCAUUGAGGAACAUAGCUCGGACGAUGCCCUGCAAUCAAGGUGCAGAAUGCCGACGCCACGACUGUUACUUGGCUCACCACUGUCCGAACAUUUCCAAGUAUUCCACUUGCGGCAGACCGAGCUGUCCAUUUGCCAAGAAGGGCUUGCAUUCGAUUGUCGAUUUGGAGAUUGUCGAGAUGAUUCAGCCAACGGAGAAGAAGACGCAGCAAGAGAAGGAGAAGUCGGAGCAAGAAGGGAAGGGAGAGAAGGAAGAGAAGGAAGAUCUUAUGUGA